AUGGCUUCCUUGAGAUCCACAAUCCCAUUUUGGAUUCUCAUGAGUACUUUGCUUCUUAUGCUGUUUACUUCCAUGGAAGCCAGAGAGUACGUGGUGGGGGGCGACAAAUGUUCAUGGGGAAUUCCAAUAUCGUCUUUUGAGUCCAUCCAAAAGUGGGCCGAGACAAACCGAUUCAUUGUCGGCGAUAUUCUUAUCUUUGAGUAUGACGAGACUGACGCAGUACUACGAGUGACAAAGAAAGACUACAAAAGCUGCAACGUAACAAAGCCAAUUGAAAAAUACGAAAAUGGCAGGACCAAGGUUGAGUUGGACCGAUCAGGACCAUUCUAUUUCAUCGGUCGCACUGAGGGGUUCUGUGAGGGUGGCCAGAAGCUAGCUGUGGUUGUCAUCUCUGAUAGAAAGCACCCCACUCUGGCUAUGGCACCGGCCCCGACCACAUCGUACCCAGCGGUGCCUCCGGCGCCAACAAGACCUCCUGAUCAUGAGUCUAUUUUAUGGUAA